AUGUACAACGCCGGCUUAAUUAAAUCUAUUGACUCGUUAAAUCUUCAAUUUACCACUUCAUCGGAAGUCGCUGCAAUUCAUUCAACAUAUUUGGUUGUCGAUUGUGGUGGAGAGGCUGUAGACUUAACAGUUAGAAAAUUACUAUCAAACGAUCGAAUAGCAGAAAAAACUGAGCGAUCCGGUGAUUAUUGUGGUAAUACCUACGUUGAUGACGAGUCCUGA